AGUCCCCGCUCAAGCCUAAGCGUAAGCACUACAUACGCUGCCGACAUAGCACCUCUAAGAUGGUUCGGUCUACUUGCUGGAGAUGCAGCAAAUGCAGAUUGGAACCUCAAUCCAAUCUCGCCAGCCCUUGUUACUGCUCAGAGUAACACUCCUAUCAAUAUACCUCAGCACACUAGCGGAGGCUCCUUUGUCCGACCAUCAGGACUCAUCCAAGGCUCAUACACGCCUUCAGUCAUCCCACAAGAAGCGGUGGUACUGUCGAAACUAGAAGUUUCUCUGUUCAGAUAUUUUGUUACGCAUUUCAGCCGCUGGAUCGAUCUUACAGACCCUCAUCGCCACUUCUCUGUCAUGGUACCGCACCUGGCCUUGCGCAAUCAAGGACUAAUGAAAGCCAUACUUGCGCUCUGCACAAGGCAUCUCUCAAUCAAGCCCUUCGCUGACCUGGCUCCUGAUCGAACACUUGCCGUGCAAUACUACUACGAAACACUGCAAUAUCUACAGCAAGCCAUGAAGAACGAGGCAUAUCUACGUAGUGAAGAGCUUCUUGUCACAUGCUUGAUAAUCAGCACAUAUGAGAUGAUAGAUGGUGAAGGCAAGAGCUGGGAACGACACCUACGGGGCAUCUUCUGGGUUCAGAGAUCCCGCGAGAUCAACGGCGAAUCUGGAGGAUUGAAUCAGGCUGUAUGGUGGGCCUGGUUGCGUCAAGAUGUCUGGGCCGCUUUUCGAGAAGGCCGUAAAGUGUUGAGCUUCUUCAAGCCUACGAAGCCCUACUAUGCUAUGGAUCACUGGGACAUUGCUGCAAGAUGUGUCUACCUGGUGGCCCAGAGCGUCAACUACAGCUCAGAGCAAGAGGUCGAAGCUGGUAAAUCUGAUUUGAUCAUGCGUCUGGCCAAAGCAGACGAGUUGACGACCAAACUGGAUGAUUGGUAUCAACAUCUGACCAGUCACUUCGACCCUUUACCUUGUCACAACGUCUCACAAGGACCCUUCAAGCCAACCUGGAUUCAUCCCCCAGUCUUUGCGGCUGGUUUACAGCUCUAUCACUUCGCCAAAAUCCUCCUUCAGAUAUGUACUCCUGCAGCUGGGGGACUAAAGGAAUACCUCGCGAGGGAGCGCGCGCUCCACGAAUCGAUCGACAUGAUAUGUGGUAUCGCUCUGGCUACCGAGGAUGAUGCGGCCAUGGCCAUCUCAACACAGUGUGUCUUCGCUGCCGGUCUACACACGCGGGACUCAAUCAAGAGAGUCGCGAUUCUGGAGAUAAUUACACAACACCAGAGUCGGACUGGCUGGCCUGUCCACGAUCUUCGUGUUGACUUGGAAGCCGAAUGGACCAAAACUGACGAUCCGGCAUGA